AAGAAAACUAGAAAAGGUGGGAGGAGAUUGUAAAGAAAGCAAUACCUGUCCAAGCAGGGCCAAAGUGCUCAGAUCUCUAGAAGAUCAUGGCUUUCACCAGUGUAGAGAUGGAUGAUGCCUUUGACUACUUGUUCAAGAUCAUCCUGAUUGGAGACUCAAAUGUGGGGAAGACAUGUGUGGUCCAUCGCUUCAAGUCAGGACACUACCAUGCCAAGCAGCAGAACACUAUUGGGGUUGACUUUACGGUGCGUUCCCUGGAAAUUGAUGGCAAGAAGGUGAAGAUACAGGUGUGGGAUACAGCAGGCCAAGAACGCUUCCGCACAAUAACUCAAAGUUAUUAUCGCAGUGCCCAUGGUGCUAUUCUUGCCUACGAUAUAACCAGAAGAUCUACGUUUGAGUCUAUUCCUCAGUGGAUUUAUGAAAUUGAAAAAUUUGGCGCAGCAAACUUGGUCUUAAUGUUGAUUGGGAACAAAUCAGAUGAAACAGAGAAACGGCAAGUCCUGUUUGAAGAUGCUUGCACGUUGGCAGAGAAGCAUGGUCUUCUGGCUGUAUUGGAGACUUCAGCCAAAGAGGCCCAAAAUAUUGAUGAGGUCUUUAUCUUGAUGGCUAAGGAAUUGAUGGCUAGGAAUACCUUACAACUUCAUGGGGAAAAUGGCUCUUCACACAACGUCCAUCUGGAUGCUAGACCAGUGACGGUCUCACAGACGGAGACAUCCAACUGCUCAUGUUGAUAAAAGGCUACAAAUUCCAGUGCUCUCUUCCGUUAGAAGAAUUUCCAUCUAGCCUUGCUGUAUCAUCCUGAUGUACUUCAGCCAUGCCAUUUUUGCCGAAUGUCAUUCUCUGGAAACAAAAGGUUUUCUUUGUUCCGCUGGUCCCCCACAAGCUGCCUGGGCACAAACUAGCACUGGAGUGUUUCAGAUGAAGGGCUUUCUUAGCAGCCAUGAGCUCAUACAGAGAAGAAUGUCUGUGAAUUCUUCUGAUAAGCCAUCUGCUUCUAUCAAUCUUUGGCUGCUUUUCACUGGUAGCUGUGAAAAAAAUGGUUUAAAAGUCAGGCUUUCUUGUACUGUAUGUACUGUAUUUAGUUCAGAGAUGAUGGAGUUGUUGGUAGCAGUUGAGACUAAUUAUUGUGGCUAAAUAUUGAAUCAUUUAAAAAAUAAUAAUCUAAGCAAAUACAAAGGAAAUCAUGUGCUUUGGUACCAGUCUAAGAAAUGUAUCCGUCUAGUCACUUUCCUAUCUGUUUGCCAUUAACAAUGUGUUUAAAGUGAUGUUUAACAAGGUAAUCUUGUUUAGUGUGUGUUUUCGGUUUCCUUAACUGUUUGACUUUGUGCAUUCCACGGACUAGCAGCGGAUGAUCGUGAUGGUCAAGAGAUAUACCUAAAAGAGUGCAUGGAGAAUAUUCUGUUCUGAAAUUAAAUGUUGAUUUCAGUUA